AUGGCGAAGCAUACGGUGUCGUCGGCGCGGUUCCGCCGGGUGGAUGUGGAUGAGUACGACGAGAACAAGUUUGUGGAUGAGGAGGAAGGAGGCGACGGGCAAGCGGGGCCCGACGAGGGCGAGGUGGAUUCAUGCCUGCGGCAAUCAUCUGGCACAGGGAACAUGAUGGCGGCACUACAAGCAGCUCUGAAGAACCCUCCCAUCAACACAAAGAACCAGGCAGUGAAGGACCGUGCAGAAAGCAUUGUCUUGAAGGUCCUCAUCUCAUUCAAAGCCAAUGAUAUUGAGAAGGCAGUGCAGUCACUGGACAAGAAUGGGGUUGACCUGCUGAUGAAGUAUAUCUACAAAGGCUUUGAGAGCCCCUCUGACAACAGCAGUGCUGUGCUGCUGCAGUGGCAUGAGAAGGCGCUGGCUGCUGGAGGAGUGGGGUCCAUCGUGCGUGUUCUGACUGCCAGGAAAACGGUUUAAAGCCAGCAACAAGGAGCUGUCUGCCCUUCAGGGCCUGGGAAGAGCUGGUGCAAACCCCAGACCACCAAAUGCCGUUGGUACUCCAUGGGCAGUGCCUGUCUCUCAGCUUGCCUUCUCGCUGCUGCUUUCGUAUCUGACCAGUAAUGCAUAUUGUGAUGUCUUUUUAAUGGUUUUGUUUCUUUGGUUAAAUUCUGGAAAAUGAUGAAGGUGCAAUUUUGUUUCUAACAGGAAUGUUUGGUACUGAUGAACGUUUCAGUGACAGCGUCUAGCAAUGUGUACAGCUUUGUCUUUAGGGUGAUUGGCAUUCGUGUGUAAUUAUAGCUGAUUUCAACUUGACUUUGUAAGCAAAUGCUGAGGGACUGAGGGCAAUGUCUUAAUUAUUUCUGCUAGCCAAGCAGUGUUUUGCCCUGAGAUCUGUUUUUGAGAAGUGAGGCAGCUAUUAAUAUAGGUAAAGGGACCAUGCUUCUUUUGGUCAACCUCUGAACCUACAACCUUGAACAGGACAGCAAGCAAAAACUCCUUUCUGACCCAAAUUAUCAUUCCAGAGAGCUGAGUAUUUUCCUUACCCUCACAUCUCAAAGCCUGCUCAGGUUCCUUGUGAUCAGUCAGGUUCCAGCUCCACAGCAGGGAGGUCAUAAAGUUGCCUAUCAUGCAGUUGGGAUGAUAGAACUUAGAAGGCUGAUGGUCCAUUUAUGCUGGAGCCCAGCCUAGUGGGAGCAGCAAUCCUAAAAAGAAGGAAAAGCAGCUUUCACACAGCAAGUAAUCCUUCAGCAGCUUGAAAGGGGUCUAAUUUUGUCAAGCACAACAAAGUGGCUACUUGGGGUGAUCUGAGAAACAAUUACUGGUGUCUACUCCAGCCAUGCAGAGCUCUCCCAUGUUUGGUUUCCAGUGUCUUAAGGGACACCAGAGAGUUAACAUUCCUGUUGGGUUGAGUCACAAUGUUAUCUAGUGGGCAAAUCAGGUUCCAAAAUACAGAGGAGUACCUCACCAAGAACUGGGAAAGGCCAGGACAUCCCAGACCUCAGGUGACUUGAUGGUUUAGGGCCAGGACUGAAACACAUAUUUUCCAUUCACCAUUUGCAGUUCACUUGUGUAAAACUGUUGGGAAACUUGGGAAAUCUUUCCUGUUUUUUG